AUGAUAGGAACUGAAUCCUAUUACAUUGUAAUUGAAGUACCGGAUAUUACCGAUACAAGUUCUGAGAGUGACUAUAGACUCUCGUCAGUUGAAGUUACCGCGAUUGAUUUUAAGGUCGCAACGACUCCAUCUGAGAACAUGCUGAAAAGUGAUGCUCUAAGCAUAGAGCCAUUAAAAGCAAGACUUACCGGAAACUCGAUUAUUCGACUAUAUAGAGAGUUUGAGAGAAUCGAGGGAAUCGAAGGACUGUCAAUUUCUGAGGGUAAUAAAAAUGAUUUGAGUAAGGACGAGUAUUCAAUCAUUGCGGAUGAUACUAUGGUUUCAAUAGUAGCAGUUCCUACGUAUUUCACCGCUACAGAUUUAUUGGGGUUUAUUGGAGAAUCAAACAUGAAGCAUAUCACUCACAUAAGGAUACUCAAGAGUAAUGUUCCUAAUCGAUUUUUAGUUUUGAUCAAGUUUGAUAAUGCAUUCUCGGCAUCAGAAUUUCAGUACAAUUUCAAUGGAAAGCCAUUUAACUCGAUGGAGCCGGAAACAUGCCAUGUAGUGUUUAUUAAGGCUCUUACUUUGGACUCUCCUUUGCCUGAGAAUGAUUCUAAUGAUGAAGGACGUAACUUAUUAAUACCAUUUUUAUUGCAAGAUCCAUUUACCCCUGGCUCAGUGUCAAAAACAAUCAAUUCAUUGUCAUCCGAUGGAACCUUGAUAGAGCUUCCGACUUGUCCCGUAUGUCUAGAGAAAAUGGAUGCAACAAUUACAGGUUUAUUGACAAUUCCAUGCCAGCAUACUUUUCAUUGUCAAUGUCUUUCGAAAUGGAAAGACGACACAUGCCCUAUUUGUCGAUAUUCUAAUAAUAUUUCGAAUCAAAGACUCAGAAAAUCAUUCCGCCUGCUACUGCAAAGCAAAUCGUUAAGGAGACAGCACUUCUCUUCUUCUGGGUCCUCAUCGAAUAAUCAAAGUUCAGCUCAAGUGAACGGCUCUGAAGGUGAUGUCUUCGAACGCUGCAUUGAAUGCGAAAGUGACUCGAAUCUUUGGAUAUGCUUAAUCUGUGGUAACGUUGGAUGUGGCAGAUAUGCUCCUGAACAACACUCUUUGAAGCAUUUUAUUAAUACGGGUCAUUGUUUUGCAAUGGAGCUUGCUACUUCUAGAGUUUGGGAUUAUGCAGGUGACAACUAUGUACAUAGGCUAGUGACGAACGAAUCCGACGGAAAAAUAGUUGAACUUCCCGAAAAGAACAUGGGUUUAGGAUCAAGCGAUGAUGGUGUAAAACCCCUCAAUGCAAAUGCUGAUAAAGUAGAUCAGGUGGGCUUUGAAUACUCCCAGUUACUUAUUAGUCAGCUCGCGAGCCAGAGAGAGUAUUAUGAAUCAUUACUACUGGAGAGGGAAGCCCCAAAAUCUAGAAGACCCUCUUCAAUAAACGAUGUCUGGUCAUCUUCUGAUCUUCAAGCGAAAGUUGAGGAAUUGUCUAGAGGUCUUGGGGAUUUAAAUGUGAAUGUCAUUCCAUCGUUGAAGAAAAAGAUUGCAGUAAAGGAUGAAAAGAUUAACGUACUAAUGAAAGAUCUCAGUGUAGCCAACUCUUUGAAUGAUGCAUUCUCCUCUAAGAUUGACUACCUCACGAAGAUAAAUGAUGGUUUAAAGCAACAAAUGAAAGACUUGAAUGACGAAAAAACCGGAUUAAGUGAGCAAGUCACCGAUCUAAUGUUCUUUUUGGAUAGCCAGGAAAAAUUCAAAAACGAGCCUGACGAAGUAAAAGACGGAAAAGUUGUUGUACAGCAAGGUUCGAGUUCCUCAGCUAGAAAGCUAAAGAACAAAAAGAAGAAAUAG